AUGGCCCAACUUAUGGGUGAUUUACGUAGAGAACGUGUUAAUGCAUCGGAUAAACCAUUCGUCAAAACAGCAAUAGAUUUUGCUGGGCCCAUUAAAGUGAAGACAAAUAAGUUACGAGCGGCCAAAAUAGUAAAAGGCUACAUCUGUAUUUUUGUAUGUAUGGUGACAAGAGCCAUACAUCUGGAACCGGUGGGAGAUUUAACAGCGGUGGCAUUCAUUGCCGCGUUACGUCGUUUUGCGGCUGGGAGAGGCACAAUAACAGACAUAUUUUCGGAUAACGCGACUAAUUUCGUGGGAGCAAAUUCGAUUCUCAGUGAGUUAAGUGAAGAUGAACGCGAGCAAUUUGACGCCAUUUUGAAAGAAGAAAGUAAUAAAAUGUUAAUUCAGUGGCAUUUUUUACCACCAGCUAGCCCUCAUUUCAAUGGAUUGGCCGAGGCGGCGGUGAAAUCAUCGAAAUUUCACCUAAAACGUGUGAUUGGUGACUCAGCAUUAACCUUUGAGGAAUUGGCUACUCUUCUGUGUCAAAUAGAGUAUGUGCUUAAUUUGCGUCCAAUAUGCGAACUGAGCGAUGACCUUAAUGAAAUGGGUGUGCUCACACCUGCCCAUUUUUUGAAUGUGGCCAACGGUGAACGAAUUCCCGAUGAAGAGCUCCUCGAAACCAAAACAAGUAUGUUGUCGCAUUGGCAAAAGCAGCAAUCGCAGCAGCAGCAGCAACAACAACAACCGAGAAUUGCAUCGAAGCGAAAGCGUGAGUCAGAAAUGGAAGCCAUCGACAAAGACGAUUCAUUUUCUAUUCUUUGCGCAUCGCAUGAAAAGCUUAAUCCGAAGGCUGACGUGGCAUUGCUGCUAGCCAAAUUA